CUUAAAUUUCAGUAGAAUUUGAUGAAAACAAAACUUUCAGUUGUUUCUGUGUGUGAUAUAGUUAUCAGUGUUAUUGUCUUCUCUUUCAGCUCUCAUUGUAGCCCUCCUCCUACCCCUCAAAAAAUAAGCGUGACAACGCAACGUUGUGGCCCCUGGAGUCCCCAGAGUCCUUCCUUUAUCUGGUGUGAAAUGUAUUCCCGGAGAACGACGACUCCGACGCCGCCGCCGCGCUCCUCUCGUGGAAAUGGAAGAUCCCACAAUGGGAACGACGUCGGCGGGAGUCGCCGGCCCAGUAGCUGCAGCUACCUCUCUAACGUGAGACCAGAGAACAGGAGCACGCUGUGCAGCGUGAUGGCCCAGCUAACGGAGGAGACGCAGCCGUCCUUCGAAACGACCCUCAAGUCGAAAGCCGUGUCGGAGAAUUCCUACGUGAAGUUCACGUUUGCGGUUACAGGAUACCCUAUUCCUCAAGUCACUUGGUACAAGGAUGAUGUGCAGUUGGACCGAUACUGUGGACUGCCUAAAUAUGAAAUCUUCCGCAAUGGACAAAACCAUUCCCUGCACAUCUACAAUUGCACCGUGGAGGACGCUGCCAUAUACCAGGCUUCGGCCAGCAACAGUAAAGGCAUCGUGUCCUGCUCCGGGGUUCUGGAGGUGGGCGAAAUGAACGAGUUCAAGAUCCACCAGCGCUACUUCGGCAAGCUCAAACAAAAGGCGGAGAUCAGACGCGGGGAAGCGGAAGGGAAAGAAAACCAGGAACCGCUCCGAACCAUCAGUCCGGACCGCACGCAGAGGAAGCGCCGCUCGACAACGGACGCCUUUCUCAGCCCUCCGAGCUCCGUGGAGGACGAGGGCAACGAGGAGAGCGUUCAGGCGGUCGCUGUGGGGACCGAAGCCAGGCUGCAGGAGGCACCUGUGGAAGAGGUGGAGGAAAAGCCGAGCCCCGUCACUAAAGGAGCAGCGUCAACCUUAACUAAUGGACAGACUCGCGGCGACAGCGCUAACAAGACGUCUAUACACGACUCGGCCCAGAAGAUUUCUACUGCGCACGAACCCAAAACCCCCUUUGUCAAAAAGAAGAUUAAAAUGUCCAACAGUACAGCAGGAGAGCGGCCAUCUGAGGAAAGGAGGGCCCAACAUGAGACCGUAACCUCUGUAGCUCUGGGCUGCACAGAGCCGGUCGAGCCUGAGGGGAAUUCAGAAGAGUUUAUGGAAGUAGAGAACACUGUUAGUUCGGAUUCACGCUCCAGGAACGUGACAGAACGACAUAAAAAAACUGAAACGGAGGAAGUACUGCGUGUCGAAAGGCCUUUGAAGGGUGAAAACACGCGUGUUGAGGUAGCCGCUCCUUCACAGAAAGGACCGCCGCCGGCCUCGGUACCCGCUGCCGCUCGCACCUCUACGAGUCACAACGUUUCGAGGACCGAAGUGGAAAAAGAUGCAAAGCACGAGAAGAAAGCCGAACAGAAUUCGGAAGCGCGGAAACAGAGUCCUCGCGUGACCUCAACGCCGCGGCAGGCAAGCGCUGCAACGGCGGCGUCCCGACCGGCCCGAAGCGCAGUAAAGGACGACCUUUCCAAAACGGAACAUGUUGAAGUCAUGGUUGUGGACGAGAAGUCAAACACUUUCGCACACAGAGACUUUGGGUCAGUGAACGCACCACGUGAAGGCGGAACCUCUUUACUUCAGCGUCCAUGUGAACGGACUGGAGGUCAGCCGCCGGCGAGUAACGCGAGCCCCGCCCGAGAGGAUGUGCCCGAGUCUCGGCCAGCGCGGCUGAACGAGGUUACACCCGCCCAUACAAAGAGGAACAGGAAUGAUGCACCUGUCAGCCUUGAGCUUCCACACAACCAGACGGAUGCGCAACCACCACCACCACCACGAAAGGCCAAAUCAGAGAGACAGACUACGGCGGAUGACGUCCAGACCCCGUCUUUGCGGUGUGGUUUUCAAGCAAAAAUGACACAAGACACAUGGGAUCAUUCCAGGGGAUCAAAUGAAAGCCGCGGGGUCCUUUUUACAGACGUACAGAAGUCACCCCUCCAAAGGCCCGGUGGUGGUGGUGAGAAUUCCCGAGGGUGUAACGUUUCUUCCAGCACCAAGCGAAGCCAAAUUAAUACAGCUAUAAAAACUGUCGAUGGGACGGAAAUACAAGUCGAUGAGAAGGUAGAAGGUACGUUAUUAGUGGAGUCCAACAGCGCGGCUCCAAAUGAGAAGAUAGUUGAGAUGGAGACUGAAAGUGGCGCUCUGAGUAUGAUUGGACACGUGAAAAUAGAAAAGACCAAAGAUGCAGCGAGUAAAGACGCCAAUGUUAUCAUUGUUGAUGGAUCGCAUAAAGAAACUGAGAAGAAUGAGCAUAUAGUAGAUAUGGAAACUAAUUCAGCAUCACAGGCUCUACGGUCAUCUGUGUUAGAGUCUGCAAUCGUGACAAAAACGUCAGAAAACACAAACGUGUCCGAACUCCAGAUUAAAGACUUCCAGGAAAUUCCCAAACCUGUCACAGAAGUCAUAUCUGUAGCGGAACAUUUGAGAUCACAAAUAAAGACUCUUGAAUCCAGAACAGUAAAUGUAGUGGCCGCCUUACCGGUUCAUCCAACGACCGAAACAUGCGAGGAGUCAAAAGAAGAUAACAGAAAACCGACGGCGAAGAAGUCGACGUCUGACAGGGAAGCCGGCGCGAGUAUUACUCCCCCCGGAAGCUUAAAAAAAAACCUUGUCGAGGUUUACAAUCAACAAAAUGAAACUGAUCGGGAACUUAUUUCGUCUCACGGUGCAUCUUCCCCGCCUGCCCUCCCUCCUGUCUCUGUCUUAGACUCUGCAGAGACCGAAGGACUUCAUGGCAGUGACAAAAAACACCGUAAAGGUGUCAUGGACAUCGGCCAGGAGACAACGGAAGCCUCGACUCAGUUUCCUCCGAAAGAUCGCCCCGUUCUUUCCCUUUCCGGUCGUGAAAAUGUCAAACGCAAUCUUCCUCCUUUGACCUCUCGGGACGAACUGACGGAAAUACUUUCAUCUGGAGCCGUACCACGAGAACCCGGGACUCCGAUUGCAGUGACAAAUACCACAGUUCACGCCACCAAAGGUGAACCCGUUCAAGGCAAACACAUGGGAGUUACACUGAAGUUAACCCCGGAAAGUAAACUCAACUUCCAGACUGACGUGGGGAUAACCGUGAUGAAUUCCACACCGGUGGAUCAAUACGACAUGGAAGAACACGCCGCAAACGCCAGUUCUUCAAGGACUGACUCUUUAGGCAAACCGACUCCAGAGGCUAGUCCAUUGUUAAAGAAACGAGAUUGCGUUUCUCCCGUUCCUUCCGCGACUCCACGGGAGCUCGCCUCCGGGGCCCGACGCAAAAUCCUAGCGCCCAAGGCCAAACCCGAGGAGACCUCAGAGGCCUCAGAGGCCCCAUCACCGGUCGAUAGCCAAACUCAUAUAAAGGACGUUCCGACGGAGAGCGGCAACCUUUCCGUGAGCCCCGCGGCCGUCGCUCCGUCUCCUCGCUCGUCGAGGAGGUCGGCUCUACUUCAGCCGCCCGUUGAGGAAACCUCGAGUCCGGCAGAGAAGCGUUCUCCGCUCUUGAACCGGAGGAAGCCGGCAUCCGAGACUCGAGCGCCAAGCCAGCCGCCCACCGAGGAGAUCCACAGUCCGAAACCUGAGGGGAAACCUGCAGAGGAGGACAAGCACGACCCAUUCAAAGCCCCUCAAGUUAUUCGUAAGAUCCGAGCUGAAACCUUUGCGGACGCCUCGGGGCACCUGAAGCUGUGGUGCCAGUUCUUCAACGUACUCAGUGACUCGACCAUCGCAUGGUACCGAAAUACAGAGGCGAUCGCUCACAUUCAAAGAAAUGCAGGGGAUGAGACUCAGGUCAACCUCGCCAUUGUUCAGGCGACCGGCAAAGACUCCGGUGUUUACGGAUGCACGAUCACAAAUGAAUACGGGACCGACUCCACAGACUGUCUGCUCAGUGCAGAGAUCUUGGCUGGAAUGUCCCUGCGUGAGGACCUCGGUGUUGGAGAAGAGAUCGAAAUGACACCCCUGAUAUUCAACAAGGGCGUGGCUGACACCGGCGUUUGGGGUAACACAUUUUUUGGCCGUAUAAUGAUGCAGGAAUCUCAUAUUGGUGAUGGCUGUGCUCAUAAAGUCUGGAGGGCAAAGGUCAUCUACGGUCUGGAGCCUGUGUUUGAGUCUGGAAACACGUGUAUCAUUAAAGUAUGCAACCCCCUCGCCUACGGAGGCAAAGCGGAAAGAUGCCUCAUCGAAAGGAACCUGGACAUUGCCAAGCAGGAGUGUAAAAUUCGUAACUUGGCUCGGGAAUACUGCAAAAUCUUCUCGGCAGAAGCACGAGCGAUCGAAACCUUUGGCCCGUCGCUCGAGGUGAUCCCAGUCUACCUGAUGUACCGGCCGGCAAACACGGUCCCUUACGCCACGGUGGAGGCCGAUCUGCCAGGAAACUACCAGAAAUACUCCGUCCUCGACGAUUCGGGCGGCUUGGCCACGAGGUCCGGCUCUGAGGCGGAGCAGAAGUGCUGCGCCCUGCAGCACUGGAUCUUCCAGUGGACCAACGGCAGUCUGCUCCUCACUCGUCUAGAAGGUGUUGACACCAAGAUCACCAACGUUGGGAUUUCAGUUAAAUCGACGGGGCAUCACGGUCUGUCCGUCGAAGGGACUCCCAAAGUGUUGGAGCAGUUUGUCUCCCAGCACCAGUGCAACUACUUCUGCGGGCUGCUGAGCCUGAGGUCACUAAAGGUCAUGGACUCUUUAUCGACGCCAUCGAAACCGAAGGGCUCCCGGAGCCCAUUGCUUCAACGCAAAAUAGCCGCCGCCGACUCCUCCAGCCCUCAGGCCGGCCGGAGAGCCGCCGGCAGCCCCAGACCGCCCGGGAAGACCGAGCGAGAGGGCGGAAACGCUCAUUAAGAUGCAAUAGAGUGAGACAUCAGGGAUCACACAUGUGCUCAAAAGUAGAGAAUUCUCAUCAAAUUCUGUUGACGAUGAAGUCCGAAAACCAGCAAUGGUUCAAAAAGGAUGUUUUUAAGAGAGGUGUCAAACCCUUCGGAGACCAGGAGAGAGAAUACAGAGUGUUUUGACAGCCACCAUUCCUCGCUGUUAUCAUGCAUCGUGGAUCGAUGCCCUGACGUGUUGUGGGGAUUAUUUAAUGUUUCCUACAAUUUAACAAUCUUGGGGUUGAAACUACCGUGAAGUGUCGUGAGAAGUAGAGCAGUCCUGGGUUUGUGUUGCAUCAAUCCUUGACCCAUCGCAGGUCACAGGUCGUGAGGCCCAAUCUCAGGUCAGUGUGUUUGUACCAAAUUAAUUUGUAAGAUAACCCUUUUUUAAAAUAUAUUUAUAUUUUCACAAUGCAGAAAAAUAAGAAAAUAAAGAAAAUAAAAAAUACACAAGAAGAUGAAAUUAAUUAAAUAAUAAAAUUUAUUGAAUAAAUAAAGUAAAUAGAUCAUUCCACCUACCCAAAAAGAAGUUGGUGCAUAGGAUGUCACAGCACAGAGAUACAGCAAUGACAUAAUAAUUCAGAGCUCCAAAUAAGGCUGCCGGAUAUUAAAAAAUAACUCAUAUUUAUUUCUACAACUAUUUGUAAUCUUUUCAAGAGGGAUACAACUGUCAAUUUCGACACACCAUCUGUCUAUAAGCGUGGGGGAAUCAGACUUCCAGGUCAUUGCUAUACAUUUCCUCACCACACAUAAAGCAAUUUCUGCAAAUGUAAUCUGUAAAAUAACCCUUUUUGAACUGAAGUGGCAUACUAAGUAGUUUAUUACAGUAACAUGAACCAAGGGCAGUUCGUAUGUCAGUAAAGUCAAUAACAGAAACACAGUGCAGCACAUUUUUUUACGGCUGUGAGUGAAUAAACUACAUUUUGGGGUUAUGUAUCAAGCCAAAUGUAGCUUCACAUGACAUUGUUGUACAGUGUACAAAUGGUGCUGGGCUUUUUUUUAUUGUUGUAACCUGUCCUGUUUACUUGCUGUUCGACAUUGCACUGCAUUUUUUUUCUAUUUUUAGAAACUGCACCUUUGAAUGCAAAUGGCCGUAAAAAAUAAAUAAAAGAUGUGAUUAUAAGCCUC